GUGUCAUGCAAGUAUUUAGAGCGAAACCUGGUCACAUUACUUCCUUAAUUGGAGAAAGCAUCAUCAGUAGUCUGGUGGUUAUAAUUAGACGGCUUGUUCUGCUGACGGUGCUGCUCUGUUCCCUGUUACCUCUGCAAUAAAUAAUUCGUCAUGUUCUGGACGUGGAUUUUCCUCUUCGUGACGGGAGCCCUGAUUUAUAAAUAUUUCAUCAAGGAUGACGACGAGCCGAAGAAGAAGCUUCCGCCAGGCCCUCCGCCCUCUUUCAUCCUUGGGAAUUUGCCCCUCCUCUCGAGCGAGACAAAGAAGGGGAUCCCGCCCUACAAAGUGCUUCGAACUCUUUCGAAACAGUAUGGUCACGUGAUGUCGAUGCAUUUCGGGUCCACCUACCAAGUCAUCUUUGACGACUAUGAGACCAUUCGGGAUCAACUGAGUUCGGAUCUCUGGUCAGAUCGUUAUGUCGAUUCGUGGAUUUUGGAAAGAUCUUUUGGAAAAGAAUUGGGAAUAUUUUUCGGGAAUGGCGAAUCCUGGAAAGAAUUGCGUCGCUUUUCCCUCCGGACUUUGCGUGACUUUGGUUUCGGGAAGCAAAAGAGUCAAGAGACCUUUAUCGAGGAGGAGUUGGAGCAUUUGCUCGCCCGGAUGGAGUCUGCCCGAAAAGAGGGUAGCGAUGUCGUCUGCAUGAAAAAGUUCUUCUCCGUGUCCGCCCUGAACAUUAUUUGGUCGCUGAUCGCCGGCUUCCGGUUCUCCGAGGAUGACAAACAGCUCCAGCUCUUGGUUCACUUGAUGUCGCAGAUUGUGCGGUUGCUGGCCGUGGGAGAGGACAUCAUUGCGGCGUAUCCUUUUCUGAGACAUAUUCUGCCACGCUUUACGAAACGGGGGAGAGAGAGGAAGAAAUUUUUGAAUGAGAUUCAUGGCAUGUUUAAGAGCAUCCUAGACGAGCGGAGGAAGGGUGGAAAGUACAAGAUUGAGCAGAGAGAUUUCAUCGACGUGUUUCUCACCGAGAUUGAUGCCCACGCUAAUGACACGCCCGAAUUCAAUUAUUACACCGAGGAGCAGUUUCUGGUCUUGGCGUUGGAUUUUUUCCUGGCUGGGACGGAAACGACCAGCUCAACGAUGGAGUUCGCCUUCGUUUAUAUGAUUUUAUACCCGGAAGUUCAGAGAAAGGUGCAAAUCGAGAUUGACCAAGUCGUCGACCCCUCAAACUUCCCUUGCACGCUGGACAAUAAAAGGAUGCCCUACACGGAAGCCGUUUUGCUGGAAGUGCAACGAAUCGCGACGGUGGUUCCGAUCUUUAGCAGAGCAGCAAGUAUGGAUCAUUACAAUGGGGAUUACUUCAUAAAAAAGGGUACGAUGGGCGUCUUUAGCUUGUACAGUUCCAACUAUAGUGAAGAAACAUGGGGCGAUCCACUGGUGUUUAGACCGGAGAGAUUUUUAGACGCAAAGAAAAAUGUUAUCAACGCCCAAAAAAUUAUGGCUUUUGGAUUGGGAAAAAGAAUCUGUGCCGGUGAGGUUUUAGCGAAAGCAAAUUUGUUCAAGUUUUUCACCUCGUUCCUGCAACGCUACACUUUCGAACUAUCUCCGGAACAUGGGAAGCCUUCGACAGAACCGAUUUUGGGCACGGUCAUGUCGCCACAUCCGUUCUGGGCGGUGGUGAAGGCACGCAAGCCGGGCAGCCUGGUGGGGGUCGAGGAGUAAUUAAUUAAUUAAGCAAUUAAUUAAAUUAACAGAGACAUGUCGUAACGUAUUCGCACAGAUUUUGACAAAUUAGUGUCAGUCGAUCAUAAAUUCGAUUAGUAUGAAAUUUUCAAAAGACAAUUUCGCAAUGAUUAAAUUUUGAGGAGAUACAAAUUCGCAGUUUCUCCGAAUGUGGAGUAAAUUUGCAAAGUGUAAAAUUUGUGAACUUUAGGACCCAUUUUCUCCUCCUUGUAUGCAAAUAUCUCUGCCAAACAUGCCCAUUGGGAGAUCGCGUCUUUUGCAAAUUCAAUAUUAAUUGGCAUUUUGGCCAAAAUCUGUGAGCAUACGCUGGGAGAAUUACUUGUGCUACAUUGAAAUAAUUAUUUUUUUGUAAUAAGAAAUAAAUAGGUGAUUAAUUCCUCGUAAAUAACUCGAUACAAUAAAUUAUCUUGUAUUAUUUAUAAUCCAAUCUUGAUAUUGAAUGUAAAUACAUAUUUAACAAAUCCAAUAAAUCUUUAAGCAUAGAAAAAUA